AUGCGAUGCAGAAAUAUUCAAGUAUCAGUUUUAGGUUCACCAAGUGCAGAAGAUACGGCAUCUGCAGAAUGCACAAUCGAAUAUUUGGCUGGGUUGGUUCGUGAGAAACGUCAAUUGGAAGUAUUCCCACACCUCUUCCCAAAUAUUGAGCGUCUUAUCGAUGAUGAGAUUGCUCGUGUGCGUAUGACAUUGUUUCAGUGGAAUUUUCCGAUUCAGAAAGAAAAUCUACCAGCGCCCGAAGGGGUGCCAAUCACUGCUCAAGAGAAAGUUUACAUUCCAUCCAAGGAACAUCCUGAUUACAACUUCGUGGGACGCAUUCUCGGACCCCGCGGAAUAACAGCCAAACAACUCGAGCAAGAAACUGGGUGCAGGAUAAUGGUGAGAGGGCGUGGAUCGAUGCGCGAUAGCCAUAAGGAGGAACAAAAUCGGGGCAAACCAAACUGGGAGCAUCUAAAUGAAGAUUUGCACGUUGUCGUCCAAUGCGAGGAUACUCCGAAUCGCGUUUAUUUGAAGUUGAAGACGGGCGUUGAACAAAUCAAGAAACUUCUCAUUCCAUCGCCCCAAGAUACCGAUGAUUUAAAGCGUAAACAGUUGAUGGAAUUGGCCAUUAUCAACGGUACUUAUAAGCCAGCCAGUAAGUGCGCGUCACGUAGGUUUCAUUUAUUCUCAAAGAUUAUGGCACUGUAUUUCGUCAUUCAUUUUCUGAAUUAUUUUAAUGAUUUCAGUGCU